AUGACUUCCCGCUUCAGACCCAUCAAACGGCGCCCACGGCCCGCGCAAAGAGAAGACUACAACCCCACAUAUCUGCCGUGGAAGAAGCGCUUGGACCAUUUCACCUGGUCAUGGUUUGAAUGCACCAUGUCAACCGGCGCCAUCGCGACGCUUCUUGGCCAACAACCAUACAGUUUCCACGGACUGAAGACCAUUGGAAAGAUUUUCUUCAUUCUGGAUAUCGUCCUCUUUCUCAUGUUUAGCGCCUGUAUUACCUACCGUUUCAUCCACAAUCGGGGCUCCCUCAAGCUCAGUCUGCACCAUCCACACGAAAGCUUCUUCUUCGGAGCCUUCUUUGUCUCCAUCGCACUCAUCAUCUACUGCAUUGAGCUGUACGGCGUACCAUCCUGUGGACCAUGGCUCGUCAAGACAUUGGAGAUACUAUUCUGGCUAUACGCAGCCAUCGUCCUCUUGGUCGCUGUCUUCCAGUACCACGUCAUAUUCGACCGACGCGAGCUUCCUGUUACCGACGCGAUGCCCGCCUGGAUUCUACCGGUAUACCCUUUCCUUGUCCUCGGGGUCUUGGGCAGUACACUCCUAAAGAGUCAACCACCUGGGCCUGGGUUCAACAUCUUUAUUGGCAGCGUUACCUUCCAGGGCCUAGGCUGGAUCAUCGCAUUUCUGAUGUUGUCGCUCUACUUCACACGUUUGGUUAACAGCAACCUGCCUGAGAUCCCCAAACGCCCCGGUAUGUACGUAGCUGUCGGUCCAGCUGCAUAUACUGCAAAUGCCUGCAUCGCGCUUGGUUUGCAGGCACCGAAACAUGUACCCGAAAACCUAUUGGGCAUUACUUCCUUCCCCGUCGGCGAUGCUUUUAAAGCCUUCGGGUUUAUCGUGGGUGUCUUCUUAUGGCUCACCUCCUUCUGGUUCAGCGCCAUCGCUACCAUUAGCAUUGUCAUCAGUGCGAAGGAGUCGUAUUUCACGCUGAAUCAUUGGGGCUUCAUCUUCCCGAAUGCCGGGAUGACGAUCGCGCUCAUCUACAUCGCCAACGCGCUGAAUAGCCCAGGAAUCAAGGGAGUGUGUAGUGCAGCAACUAUCAUCUUGGUCAUACUGUGGAUCUGGGUGGCGAUCCUUAAUGUAAAGGGUGUGUUGCAGAAGAAGGUGUUAUGGCCGGGCAUGGAUGAAGACAUGGAGGAUAUUGAAGGACACGGUCACAAGCCGGGCUCGGACCAGAAAGACGGUGAUGGGGAAGUAUAG